ACUAGGUUCUUAUUGUUGGGUCACUGGUGGUACUGGAAGAAGGGUUGCAGCACCCCAAGAUGGCCUUGGAAGCUGGUGGUGGAGUGGCCUUAAGGUACGAGGGUGGGACAGUCUGGGUGGGUGCCAGUGCAGCCUGGCAGUGGUGCCUGAGGUGGUGGGGAGGGAAGGAUGCGCUGCAGUAGUGGGACUGGCAGUGUCACUGGCCAGAGUGGGCACCUCCUCAGCCAGCAGUGCCCCUCCUUUUUGCAGAGGGUCCUGCUGCCUUGUCACCCACAGGGACUAUGGCUGGUGCCUGCAGCUCUCAAGAAGCUGCAGCUGUGCCCAGAGGUGGGGUGGUAGCAGGGCCUAUGAUGCUGACCCUGCCGCCCCCCACUGCUGGCUGGAACAGUCUUUGGCAACGCCCCAGGGCAGUCAUGCACCUUCCUGGGGAGAACACACGGUCCAUCUGCCCUGUGUGUUCCGAUGCCCUCUCUGCCUCCUUGGCAUGGGCUUGGCUGGAGGCCCUGAGCAGCACCAGGGACCUCAGCUGGCUGCCACGGGAGGUGGGGAGAGGCUGGCUCUGGUCCCACUUGGAUGCAGGAGUAGGGCCUGACUUCAACUGUCGCCAUGCCCCCUGGUCCCAUCAGCCCCAUAAACCAUCUGCAAUAGAUUGUGAUACAAUAUACAAUAUUUUCAAUAGGGGGAAAUCUGGGGGAAGCUCUAUUUUCAGGUUUUCCAGACCAUAUUUUUUUUAAAUGGCAUAUGGGAAACUGUCUGGAUCUGGGAUGGGUUGGAAGGGACAGAGGUGCAUGUUCCUGCUCCUAUGCUGGCCAUACUCUGCCUUCCCCAGGGGAUGCUGGGGAACAAGCCAGCUCAAAGUUUGCCCUUUGCCAUCAGGGAGAGGGGGUAGUGUCAUCUUUGAGUCCCCAGCUGUUAUCUUGGUGGCACCCUGGGGCACCCCAGGGUGGGCAGUGCUUUUGUGCUCUGGGCUUUAUCCUUGCACCAUACCUGCCACACUACACUUUUGUUCCAGGCUCCAGAAGGGCACUGGCAGCUCAGUCACAAAAUGUCUUCCCUGUCCACCCAGUCUUCCCCCUGCCCACCAUGCUGUCAUCCCCAUGGCUUCUGAGGGUCAGUGGAGGUGCCCACACAGCCUGGGUGGCAACAGUGGCCUCCCUGCCCUGGGCUUAGGGCUGUCUGGGCACAGUCGCUGCUAGAGUCACUCCAGCAGCGGAAGGUAGCGCCCCAGGGCAUUGUCCCAGGGCAGGGGUGGCUGCUGCCUUAACACUGUUCACUUCAUUGACUUUGGCCCCGCUUCCGGCCUUGCCUCUCCCUGCACGUCCUUGGCCACCAGCCGUGGGCAUAGCGCCAGUGCUACUGCUGCUAUACUCAGCCCCAGGCAUGGGGCCCCUGGGGGUGGGGACGUCUUGGAGCUGCUUGUAUAUUGCUACCAAACAAAAAUAAGAUGAAAAUAAUGAUCGUUUUAAAUAAAAAAUAAACUGGAUCCAUUGAGGCUUUGUAGCUGGGCAUGGGGGGAAUGGCAGGGCUGGGUGCCUGGGAGGGCCUGGAGGAGGAGAAGAGUGGUAGUGCCCAGGGUGGGGCUGCAGGAUCCUGCUAGGGGCAAGGAGUGCUGGGCACAACACAGGUCUAUGCCCAGUGCUUGUAAUCAUUCAGGCAGUGUGGGGUGGCUGGGGGUACAGGCAGACGUGGCAGCAGCUGGCAAUGUCACUAGCUGCCCUUAUGGGCCUGGGGUUGGCAGCAGCCACGGUGGCGGGGCCCUGUAGCAGGGCAUCCUGUCUAUGCCGUGGGGCCAGGCAUGGGUGGGUGUGGGUGCACCCCGAGCAGGAAUGUGGGCUGGGAGGGGCUGUGGUUUCAGCUGGGACACUCAGGGUGCAGCCAGCAGUGCAGCAGGAGCUGCCACACAGCAUGGCUGAGAAACCCCAAAUCCAGCUCUUCAUCAAGGCAAGUGAGGAUGGGGAGAGCGUGGGGCACUGCCCCUUCUGCCAGCGGCUCUUCAUGGUGCUGCUGCUCAAAGGGGUGCCCUUCACCCUCACCACUGUGGAUGUGAAGAGGGCGCUGGAUGUGCUGAAGGACUUUGCACCAGGUGCCCAGCUGCCCGUCCUUCUCUACAAUGGCGAGCCCAAGACUGACACCAUCACCAUUGAGGAGUUUCUGGAGGACCAGCUGGGCCCCCCCAUGUGCCCCAGUCUGGUCCCGCAUUACCCGGAGUCAAGCCUGGCUGGGAAUGACAUUUUCCAUAAGUUUUCUGUCUUCAUCAAGAACCCGGUACCUGCACAGGAUGAGGCAUUGCAGCGCAGCCUGCUGCGCGCCUUGCUGAAGCUGGAUGAGUACCUGAGCGCCCCUCUGGAGCACGAGCUGGCCCAGGACCCUCACCUCCGGGCCUCCCAGCGCCAUUUCCUUGACGGAGACCACCUCACACUUGCUGACUGCAACCUGCUGCCCAAGCUCAACAUCGUUCAGGUCGUGUGCCAGCACUACCGCCGCUUUGGGAUCCCCAAGGACCUGCAGGGUGUGUGGCGGUACCUCAACAGUGCCAGUGAAACUAAGGAGUUCAAAUACACCUGCCCCAAUAGCCAGGAGAUUAUACAAGCUUAUCGUUCCGUUGUCCGGGCACUGCAGUGAGCCGGGCACGUGCCCUAGUGGGUGCAGGGCCAAGACUGUGGUCAGGCAGGAGGUCAGCGCCCACCCUGCCCCUGCCUGCCUGCAGGGGCUCAGGAGAGCUGUGCCACUCGCACCCAAAUUCCCUCCACUGGCACCCAGGUGCUGGCAGCAAUCUGCAGUGCACCGAGCCCUUCUUGUGCCACCCACCCUUCCUCACAACCAGGACAAGCUCUGUGGCCCCUCGAGCAUCAGGAUGAGGACAAGGGGACACAGCCAGGGGCACCAUCGGUGCCAAAGCUGUGCCCACCUGAGGGCAGGGGCAGAGCUGGGCACAACAAGCUGCCCUGCAGCCACUUGCAUAGGCACGCUAUGCCACCCACCUGGGCUGCAGGCACCACAGGGUGCCCUCACACCUGCACCAGGUGAGGUGGCACACCCAUAGAGACCUAGGAAUGGAGCUGGAGAGGGAUGGCACAGGCAAUGGGCAGAGGUCAGUUCCCCCCAGAAAUCUCAGUUAGGAAGCUCUCAACAGACUUGGGUGUUGUGAAGCAAGGAAAGCCCAAGCUAAGCUUCAGAGCUCCUGGAAAUCAAUAAAAGCUUUGCAAGCAAGA